UACAUAACUAGAAAUGUACAUAUGUAUGAACGUACAUUUGUGAAAUGUGUAAUUUUGCUACAGAUAUAUAUAAUGCCAUCAAAUUGCAAAAAUGGGAAAGCAAAAUAGUAAACUAAAACCUGAAGUUUUGGAGGACUUAAAGCAAAAUACUGAGUUCACAGACGCUGAAAUUCAGGAAUGGUAUAAAGGUUUUCUCAAAGAUUGUCCAAGCGGUCACUUGUCGGUGGAGGAAUUCAAGAAGAUAUAUGGAAACUUCUUUCCAUAUGGCGAUGCGAGUAAGUUUGCGGAACAUGUAUUUAGAACCUUUGACGCAAAUGGCGAUGGCACAAUCGACUUUAGAGAAUUUCUAUGCGCCUUAAGUGUAACAUCACGUGGAAAACUGGAGCAGAAACUAAAAUGGGCAUUUUCAAUGUACGAUUUAGAUGGAAACGGAUACAUAUCUAGACAGGAAAUGCUUGAAAUCGUAACAGCAAUAUAUAAAAUGGUUGGUUCAGUAAUGAAAAUGCCGGAAGACGAAAGCACUCCUGAAAAAAGGACGGAUAAAAUCUUUCGUCAGAUGGAUAGAAACAAAGAUGGAAAACUAAGUUUGGAAGAAUUUAUAGAAGGGGCGAAAAGUGACCCUUCGAUAGUUCGGCUAUUACAGUGUGAUCCGCAAACACAUUAAUUUAAAUACUACUUAAAAACAAGCAAUAAUCAUUUAAACAUGAAUAAAGCAAUUGCGAUUGUUUAAUUGAAA